AUGCUUUUUGCAAGUUUUGAUCUCGUCUCGGCACUGGCUACCCUCGCCGCGUGCUUGGUGUCACUGACUUUGCUGCUGGCCGUGUCCCAACAGCUGUGGCAGCUCCGCUGGGCUGCCACCCGCGACAAAACCUGCAAGCUACCAAUCCCCAAAGGCUCCAUGGGAUUCCCUUUAAUCGGAGAGACCUUCCACUGGCUGCUGCAGGGCUCCUGCUUCCAGUCCUCGCGGCGGGAGAAGUACGGGAACGUGUUCAAGACGCACUUGCUGGGGCGGCCGCUGGUGCGGGUGACGGGCGCCGAGAACGUGCGCAAGAUCUUGAUGGGGGAGCACCACCUGGUGAGCACCGAGUGGCCGCGGAGCACGCGGAUGCUGCUGGGCCCCAACACCGUGGCCAACUCCAUCGGCGACAUCCACCGCCACAAGAGGAAGGUUUUCUCCAAGAUUUUCAGCCACGAGGCUCUGGAGAGCUAUCUGCCCAAGAUCCAGCUGGUGAUCAAGGACACGCUGCGGGCGUGGAGCAGCGAGCCCGAGCCCAUCAACGUGUACCACGAGGCGCAGAAGCUGACGUUCCGCAUGGCCAUCCGCGUCCUGCUGGGCUUCCGCAUCCCCGACGAGGAGCUCGGACGCCUCUUCGAGGUCUACCAGCAGUUUGUGGAGAACGUCUUCUCCCUGCCCGUGGACCUGCCCUUCAGCGGCUACAGGAGGGGAAUCCGGGCCCGGGAGACGCUGCAGAAGGGGCUGGAAAAAGCCAUCCAGGAGAAGCUGCAGAAUACGCAGGGCAAGGACUACGCUGACGCCCUGGACAUCCUGAUAGAGAGCGGGAAGGAGCACGGCAAGGAGCUGACCAUGCAGGAGCUGAAGGACGGCACCCUGGAGCUCAUCUUCGCCGCCUACGCCACCACAGCCAGCGCCAGCACCUCCCUGAUCAUGCAGCUCCUCAAACACCCGCGGGUGCUGGAGAAGCUGCGGGAGGAGCUGCGGAGCAAAGGGAUCCUGCACAACGGCUGCAUCUGCGAGGGCUCCCUGCGCCUCGACAACAUCAACGGCCUGCAGUACCUGGACUGCGUCAUCAAGGAGGUUCUGCGGCUCUUCACCCCCAUCUCUGGGGGGUACCGGACGGUGCUGCAGACCUUCGAGCUGGAUGGUUUCCAAAUCCCCAAGGGCUGGAGCGUGAUGUACAGCAUCCGGGACACCCACGACACUGCUCCUGUCUUCAAGGACGUGGACGUCUUCGACCCCGACCGCUUCGGGCAGGGCCGGAGCGAAGACAAGGAGGGCAGGUUCCACUACCUCCCCUUCGGAGGAGGCGUACGGACCUGUCUGGGCAAGCACCUGGCCAAGCUCUUCCUCAAGGCCCUGGCCAUCGAGCUGGCCAGCACCAGCCGCUUCGAGCUCGCCACCAGGACUUUCCCCAAAAUCACCCUGGUGCCCGUGGUCCACCCGGUUGACGGACUCAAGGUCAAGUUCUUCGGACUGGAUUCCAACCAGAAUGAGAUCCUGACGGGCACAGACGCCAUGCUGGGGGCCACCGUGUAA